CCUAGAGAUGGGUUCGAACACCAACACUCCUAUAGCUCUCUUUCUUGCAUUUAACCUUCUUUUCUUUGCACUUGCUAGUGGUUGCACCACCUGCCCUGGCGCUACCCUAAAACCUGAUCAAUCUGGAGCAACCUGUCCAAUAGAUAUCCUGAAACUAGGUGUGUGCGCUAAUGUUCUUGGUAGUCUAAUUGGUAUUAUCAUUGGGCACCCACCAGUUAAGCCAUGUUGUAGCCUGAUCGAAGGCCUUGUUGAUCUUGAGGCUGCUGUUUGCGUUUGUACUGCUAUCAAGGCUAAUAUUCUUGGGGUCGUUCUGAAUGUGCCACUCUCUCUCACUUUGCUUCUCAAUGUUUGUAGCAAGAAUGUUCCGAAGGAUUUCCAAUGUGCUUAAAUAAUCAAUUAUUGAGUGUGAGAGAAACUGGGUGUGAAUGUUUAUUGUUUGAUCUUUAUUUGGGAGAAAAGAAUUUAAUUUCUAUAUAAUGAUGGAAUUAUUAUUUUUGAUAUAAAAUGAAACUUAAUAUGAUGUUUUUGUUUUAUAUUAGUUAUGUGUAAAAUUAAAUGGACGAGCUUACUCAAAAAUCUUAAAUAUUGUUUGUAAGUUGAAUUUUAAAUAUUAUGUAACAUGUAAAUUAGAAAAAUAUUAUGUAAAUACUCAAAGAUGCAGAAAAUUCCAACAAAAAUAAUAUUUUUCUAGUAAUUUAUAACGAAGCUAAAAACUUAAUUUUCAAAAAAGUCAUACUCCAUCAACAAUUCAGUUAAAAACCAAGAGUUGAAAUUUAUGUCACUGU